AUUUGGUUUAAAAUGAAAUCAGCUCCAAAAUUAGGCAAAACCGCUAAAAAAACACAAGAAUCUUCUGAUGAUGCGUCUGUGACAAACUCAUCCAUCACCGAACGUGUAACCCAGUCAUCUCCCUCCCUCCUUCCCCCGUUAUUUGACAAACAUUCUCUCUCUCCUCACUUAGUUCCAGUUUUUUAGAGAGAUAAAAUCAGAUUGUAUUUCCUGAUCAAAUCCCGAGUUCUUCUUCUUCUUCAUCUUCAAGCUUCAACAAUGGAGAUGGACUCGGGGGCUGACUCAGUGAGUUCAACACCGCGUUCAGUCCACCAUAAACACCUUCUUUCCGACGACAAAUCGGUGGUUCGACUCAUGGUUAGCUUCGGCGGCAAAAUCCUCCCUCGUCCUCACGACAAUCAGCUCCGUUACGUCGGUGGUGAUACUCGUAUCGUCGCCAUUAAUCGCACCUCAACUUUCUCUCUCCUACUUUCCAAGCUCUCGAAGCUUCUUUCAUCCCCUCAAAACAACACCACCACCAACAACUCAUCCUCUUCCUCCAUCUCCGCCGUUAACGCAACCGCCGCCGUCGACUUCACCGUCAAAUACCAGCUUCCCAACGAAGAACUCGACGCUUUGAUUACAGUUUCGACGGACGAAGACGUCGAAAAUAUGAUGGAGGAAUUCGACAGAUUAUCUUCCUCCUCUACGAAUAAGAUCCCGCGGUUGCGGCUUUUUCUGUUUCCGGAUACGAAUGAAGGAGGAGUUUCUAGAACUUCGAGUAUUGUGUCGCUUCUAGAUGGUUCUAGGAAGAGGGAGAAUUGGUUUCUCGACGCUUUGAACGGCGGUUCUACUGGCGGCGGAUUGGAAAGAGGAAGAUCAGAAGCGUCGUCGAUUAUUUCGGAAGUUCCAGAUUAUUUAUUCGGGUUAGAAAGCUCGGAUGAACCACCUCAACCUCCUGCAAGAUUCAGGAACCGGUCCGGGUUAGCUGACCCGAACCCCGGUUCAGCCCCUGGUUCACCGGCUUUCGGUUCGGCGUCUUCUGCACCGUCUAUGCCUAAUCUUCCGCCAGUCAAGACUAAACCGGAGAAAACGAAUUUGCAUUCGGUUGAUGAUGGAGGUGAAUCGGUUCAUGUGAGCGGUCCGGUUUGGAGUCAGAAUGUUAACCCGAGUUCACCUUAUCCGGCUCAUGCGGUUCAGCAGCAGCAGCAGCCUGUACCGGUUUAUUAUGUUCAGGCACCCGGGUCUGGGCCGGGUAUGAUUCCUCAUAGGAAUGUGGUUCCGGUUUCGGUUCCAAUCCAAGGGCAGUAUAUGGCUCAAUAUGGGCCGGGUCCGGUUCAGGUUCCAGUUGGGUAUCCGGGUCCGGGUCAUGGUCAGAAUCCGGGUCAAAUGUAUGAGAUGCAAAUGCAGGGGAAUAUGAUCCAAAGUCAAGGUUUGAGUGGGAUGAAUCAGCCUGUCUAUUAUGGGGUGAAUAAUGGUGGUAUGGUUGCUACUUAUCCGGGUACGAAUAUGCCUAUACAUGGAGAUGAUGAUGGAUCAAAGGGCCGAACUUAUCAAAGUUGAAAUACUUCAUCGGUUUCAAAAUAAUUAGUAAUGCUACAAUUAAAUCCAGACGAACGUAUAGAUUAUUUCAAAGAGAGUUGUCAAUUAUAAUUUGCUAUAGUAGUUCAUAAAAAAAGCUUCAUCAUACUCCGUAGUAUGAAACGGUGUCUAGUAAAAGUGUGCAGCAAUCUUGUUUUUGCUUAUUUUUGUUGAUUUUUGGCUAAGCAUGUUGUUUUUGGUGAAAUUAUGGUUCUUCAAUGUGAAGAUUAAAAAGAAAGGAGAAAUAUCAUUAUUAUUAUAUAUAUUUUGUAAAUAGAAAAGAAAUUUGGUGAAGGUUUACUAAUUGUAAAGAAUUUUGGGAUCAUUUCAUUGUUAAUUUUGGGGAAAUAAAGUGGAAAGCUAAAAAGUGUUGUUGGUAUUA